GCGGGGGGCGGGGCGGGGCGGGGAAGGGCGGGGCGGGGCCGGGCUGGGCCACGGCGCUGGCGGCUCUGAGGUUUCAGUGCGACUCCAGCCCGUGGCCCCGCCGCCAUGAGCACCAAGCAGGUCACCUGCAGGUAUUUUAUGCAUGGCGUAUGUCGCGAAGGCAGCCAGUGCCUGUUCUCACAUGACUUGGCGAACAGCAAGCCGUCCACCAUCUGCAAAUACUACCAGAAGGGCUACUGCGCCUAUGGUGCACGCUGCAGAUAUGAUCAUACAAAGCCCCCAGCUGCAGCAGGUGGAGCUGUGGGUCCUGCACCCAACCCUUCGCCCUCCUCAGGCCUGCAUAGUCCUCACCCUUCUCCUGACAUUGCCACAUCUGUUAUGAGGACACAUUCGAAUGAACCUGGAAAACGGGAGAAGAAGACGCUGGUGCUCAGAGACCGCAAUGUGUAUGUCGACAUUUGAACAUGAGAUGGAAAAGGCGUUUGCCUUCCAGGCGAGCCAGGACAAAGUGUGCAGCAUCUGCAUGGAGGUGAUCCUGGAGAAAGCAUCUGCUUCUGAAAGGAGGUUUGGCAUUCUCUCCAACUGCAGCCACACCUACUGCCUGUCCUGCAUCCGUCAAUGGAGAUGUGCCAAGCAGUUUGAAAACCCAAUCAUAAAGUCUUGUCCAGAGUGCCGUGUGAUAUCAGAGUUUGUAAUUCCAAGUGUGUAUUGGGUAGAAGAUCAGAAUAAAAAGAAUGAAUUAAUUGAAGCUUUCAAACAGGGAAUGGGGAAGAAGGCAUGCAAAUACUUUGAACAAGGCAAGGGGACCUGCCCCUUUGGAAGCAAGUGCCUUUACCGUCAUGCUUACCCUGAUGGGCGGCUGGCAGAGCCAGAGAAACCUCGGAAGCAGCUAAGCUCUGAAGGCACUGUGAGGUUCUUUAACUCAGUUCGGCUUUGGGAUUUUAUCGAGAACCGAGAAACCCGGCAAGUCCCCAGCACUGACGAUGUGGAUGUGACAGAGCUAGGAGACCUCUUCAUGCACCUUUCUGGAGUAGAAUCAUCAGAACCCUAGUCAGUGCUGACGCCUUCAUUUGGCUCUGCAGUCAACUUUCCAAGGCACGGUGUGGACGCAUCUGUCACCGACCCGAGGUGACGUGGUACUGGGAUGUGAGUGCAGUAGUGAGUCCCCCUGGGAAGGGAAGGGAGAUCACCACGUCCACAGAAUCACUACAUUUAGAGUUGAGCUCUCAGUUGUACCUCCAACCCCUUUCUCCGGGACCAGCUAUGUGGUCCAGCUGUUUUAAUUGAGUGCUUUUAAAUGAAACCUGACUGCCAUCUUUCUUUUGUGACUUUCUUCCUUAAGCAACAGUAAACUUGCAGCAGAUCUGGUUUUUUUUUUUUUUCCUUGCCAAGACAUCGCCAGCCCUGUAGAAGGCUCCUCUGCAGUGAUCAUCUCUAAUAGAGUUGUCGAGCCUUGGAAUUGAUGCAGCUGUGUAGUGAGAACACAUUUGGCCAUAUUGGUGCUGCUGUACCAUAGUGUAGACUUUUACAGCUGUGAGGGUGGCUAUUGAGUUCCUUCCAGUGUCUCAAGUCACAGGUGUGUGCAGUUGUGAAGAUCUCCAGGGAGACUCCAUCUUACCCUCCCCUUGUACUAAGAGCACAAGACACAGGACUCACAGAUUGCUUGUUCUCCCCUAUAAAGUAGUAGGCUCCACACUUGUUUUUGUGGUAAACAGGAGCAGUCACUCCUCUGUCUAAGAACUGGGGGCAAGAAAGAGCAAAUUUGUCCUGAACCUGAAUUUAUUUUUAUAAGAAAACCUGUUAUUACCUGUGUGCUUUUCACUUGGUUGUUCAUGAACUGCAGAGGGGGCUCCUUGAGUUCUGUCUGCACAAGAAACUGCACUGCAAGUUUUGAAGGAGUCAGUAGCCAUUAAACCUAAAUUUAAUUUAUUUUAUUAAAAUAACAUAAGGAACCAACUGUAUUGGCUCAAUAAAAACAAAAUUAAAACCCAAAAUCAUUAAGAAAACCUGUAUUCCUGGCUUUCUUACAGACAAGGAUGUGGCUACAGAUAGGGUUGGGCCGCGGCCCACCCCAUAGGGGCAGCUCCUGGAAGACAGAUUCAGCACGUGGGAGGCUGCCAAAGGUGGAGCACCGCGCUUGGAAAGCCAUCCACACAGGACACCUUAGACACAGUUUGUCCACAAAGUUCUGUAGUACCAAAGCAGGCUCCCCCAGGUGGCCAGGACUCCAUGUGCAAAACUGGCACUGCACCACUGUCCAUAUAGGCUCAAGGAGCCAAGUUCCCAAUUGCAUGUCCCUGCAGCAGCCGGAGUGCCCUACCUUCUCCAAGGCCACUUGCCCUACAAAUACUCAGCUGACUUGUAUACCUCUGGAGCUGAGCAGGCUUUCUUGGUGGACAGCUUCCAUUUCCAGGGCAGGAGGGGUAGAAAAGAAGGCAAUAUGAAGUUAAGGCCCUGUGAGUAGUCUAGGUCCUUAGCAGCAGCAGCUUUUCCAAAAACAUGCAUUCUGCCCCCAAGGAAACAGAAAGUGGUGCCUGCUGACUCUUCUUCGUCCCCUGGUGGCCUAAGAACAGCUACAUCAUCAGCUAGAAGACUGGUAGCCUUGGGGAUGUAGUCAGCGUGCAAGCAUUGAUGUCCUCAGUGUGAGCUGCCCGAUGCAGGGAAGGCUCAGAGGCGCUCCUGUUGAUUUUCGGCAGAGAGUGCUGAAGCAGCUCGAUGGAAGACAGGAUCUGAAACAAGGCCCCACGUGGUCUCAUUAGUUGGAAACUUGGUAUCUCCCCAACCAUACCAAGAGCUUGUGGAGGUCCUCUCUCCACCGACCCAAUCCUGGCCCACAUUUACAUCCUUAGAAUGUUAUAUUUCAACUGAGCUCUCUAACCUGGGGAAACAAAGGUCUCUCUUCUUUGACUUUCUUCACACAGUCAGCCACCAACCUCUUCAUUGCCUUGGGGCAGUUCUUGUAGAGCCUGCUGAGAUCAGGGGAUGCAUACCCACGGCCUACCAUGAAGAUGAUCUAAAGAAGAAACAGUUGAACAAAGGAGUCUGUGAAGGAGAGUCCCAGGACUAAGUAGCCCCUCACUGUGUCGCCCGGCCAUGCAGAUCACCUGGUCUCGGUUGUUGAUGUGGGCGUAGGGAAGCUCCCCAGCCAUCAGCUCGUACAGCACGAUGCCGUACGAGUACACGUCGGACUGGAAGCUGAACGGGUUGUCAUCCUGCAUCCGGAUUACUUCUGGGGCCUGUAAGGAUGAAGUGUGUUAAUCCCUAGGGAAUGACCUCCAGAGACAUUGAGGAACCAGGCUAUUUUAACUAGUCAGGAAGGAAGUUCAAGUCCUUAGCCCAGGGUAGCUCCUCCCACAAAACCCCACAGGCGCUGGCCUCUGUUGCUUUGCCAGGAUAUGCGGUUUUGCCUUAAGCUAACUGACACCACAGAUCAACCAGACCCCCAUGGCUGUGCAGAAAUGCUGUCAAAUUUUGCACCCUACUCUGGCCCAGUAAUUCCAUCAUGUUGUGUGGGGCCAGCUUCCUCACCAUCCACAGCACAGAGCCAGUGGGCUGUUCAACCUGCUGAGAACCACUCCAGCGUGACUUCACUGUUGCCAAACCAAAAUCUCCAAUUUUCACCGUGAGGCCUUCAUGGAGAAAUAUAUCUCGAUGCUUGUUAAGGAGACUGACAGUUUAUACUGUUUAUAACAGUGCUUCUGGCCUCCUUCACUUCACUACUAAAUCUUUCAGGAGACAGGGAACGAUGGCAUGCGCACACUCAAUUACAGGGCCCCACACUGCUUAUCCCCUCUGCCUACAUUUGGUACUCAGGUUUACCACCCAACUGGUCUACAUUGUGACUUCUGUCAGCUUACUGCUAGGUAACAGGCAAUUUUGGUCUGAUUUGUGACCUGCUGAUUUAUUGGAAUUCAAGCCUUAAAUCUUGGCCCAGUGCUUAGCUGCCGAAAAAGAAUGACCUCAAGAAAGGAGGUCAUGGCCACCGAAUAAGCAUAGCUCAUUGGCCAUGCAGAACAGCUGAGUUUAACCACCCUGCCAUGUGCCAUCUUACAGCAUGAAAGGUGCAGUUGGUAAGGAGAUGCUAUUUCUAACAGUGGCCUCUAGGCUGACUUCUGUACAUUUAACAGAAAGUAGCCAUUUUGAAAUUUCUGGAAUUCUGGGAUACUGGUUCUAAGAUGCUAAUUCCAGGAGACCUUAAGAAAUAUUGUGUCCUUUGAGUUAAAAAUAGGAGGUCAGGUGAUUAGUGGAAUUUUGGUUGAAGUCUGACUCACAAUAGUUACAGUGGGCCUUCAAACUGUUUCCCCUGGGAAAAGCUAAAUGGAAGCCUUUAGCAGGGUCUCUGCCAGGGAUGGGAACCAAAAGUGUCACAUCCCUGGCAGAAUUGCAGCAAUCAGUGCUACCAUCAAAGACUUGAAAGAUGCAGGGGUGGUGAUUCAUGGCCAGUACAGAAGACAGAUGGACUGUAAAAAGUGACAGGCUAUACCAGAUGUGGUGUCCUUACUUGAGCAAUUAGCAUACUUCCUGAUAUACGAUGUGUAGCUACUGACCUAGCAAAUGCCUUUUUCUUUGGUAUCUGUCCAUAAGGACCACCAGAAGCAAUUGCUUUUGAUUAGAAAGAUCAACAGUAAACCUUUAACUCUCCAGCCUUGUGUCAUAACUUAGUUUGAAGGGAUCUUGUUCAUGUCUCUUCUACAAAAUAUCACAUUGGUCUACUAUAUGGCUGACAUUAUGCUGGUCUGAAAAGUGAGCAGGAGGCAGCAAUCACUUAUGACUUGUUGGUAUUAGAUACAUGCAUCAGAUACUUUCCCAUCUGUAUGCAGGCUUACACCUUCCAUAGGCUCAAUAGAAAUAGAUGCAAUAACCUUCUCAAGCUAUAUUCUGGAUAAUCUAACCAGGCUGAGUUCAAGUCUAUUUCAAGUGUGUAUCGCCUCAGAAGGAAUUAUUUCCAGAUCACUGUUGGUUAAAAAAAAUAAUAAUAAAACCUUAAGGAACUCUCAUGAUCACCA